AUGAAGAAGCAGCAGCAGCAGGCCAAAGCGCAAGAGCUCCAGCGCCAGCGUGAUGCUGCACUUCCUCAGUCCCCUCCUCGGCUGCCCGCCCUCUACAACGGAGCCCCCGCUCCCCAACUAGGGCUCGGUACCGAGGCUCGUCCCGAUUCACUCGCAAUCAUCUCAGGAACCACGGACUCGACGGGCGUCGGACACUCAUCUAAUUACUCUAUAUCUUCUACUGCUCGUCCAUCCAUGGAGGCUCCACGCUCAUUAUACAAAGUCCCUCCGCCUCCCCCCAUUCCCAGCGGCUUCGACCCUUACGUCAAUGCCACCAGUAUGGCGCAUCGUGGACGUUACAGCUAUGCUAGCAGUGCAGUUAGCACCAUCAACAGCCCCAGAAGAGUCCGCAGAAGAAAGGAUCCGACUGCCUUCAAUAUCCUCGUUGUCGGUGCCAGCAACUCGGGAAAAACAUCGUUCUUGGAGUUCCUCAAGAGUGCCUUGGCACUACCCAAACGGCGGGGAAAGCCCGUUGACCAGCAAGAUCACUCUCCGAAACCCUCACCUUCCGGUAACUUCAUUCCGCAUUAUCUCGAAACCGAGUUCGACGGUGAACGCGUCGGAUUGACAUUGUGGGAUUCAGAGGGACUGGAAAAGAAUGUUGUUGAUUUGCAGCUCCGCGAGCUAUCAAGUUUCUUGGAGAGCAAGUUUGAGGAAACAUUCGUAGAGGAGAUGAAGGUCGUGAGAUCGCCUGGUGUACAGGAUACCCACAUCCACGCCGUCUUCCUCCUCCUCGACCCUGCACGACUUGAUCGAAACAUCGCAGCCAGCUGGGCCGGCGCUGGCAAUAUGUUUCUCAACGGCAUCAGGCACUCUCCCUCUUCUCGUAUCGCGGGGGCUUUGGACGAAGACCUCGAUUUGCAAGUUAUGCGAACACUCCAUGGAAAGACCACGGUGAUCCCGGUUAUAGCCAAGGCUGAUACUAUCACAACGAAGCACAUGAGCGUGCUAAAGAGGGCGGUCUGGGAUAGCCUUAAGAGGGCCAACCUGGAUCCUUUGCAGGCCCUUGGACUGGAUGAGGAAGAUGACGACGACUCCUCUGACCGUAUCGAUGAAGAAGAAGAGAAUCCUGUGUUCGACCACAGUGACACAGAGGAGGCUGUUCAUGAUGAAGAGCGUCUUACCGCAAAGCAAGGGUCUUCACCCAGCUCUAACCGACACUCUAAUGGCUCCGUUCGCCGCCACAAGCCUUCAGAGGAGGCUACUUCCGAGGAUGAAAUUCCCUUCGUCCCCAUGUCGAUCAUCAGCCCAGAUCUCUAUGAGCCGGGUGUCAUCGGCCGCAAAUUCCCCUGGGGUUUUGCGGAUCCCUACAAUGAAGAGCACUGCGACUUUGUUCGUCUUAAGGAUGCCGUCUUCAACGAGUGGCGUUCCGAUUUGCGGGAGGCCAGUCGGGAACAGUGGUACGAGAACUGGAGGACGAGCAGGCUGAAGCAACACGGCGCAAAGAUCCGUUAGUGUGGUUCUGGCCAGCUAU